AGUGGACGCGAAAACACUAACUCAGAGGAACGAACACAGUAAAGACAGUCACACAUCGUACGCACACAGAGACCUGACGGUGGUCUACCAUGGCAUUUGCUAGGGUCCCGUACUGCUGACCCAUUUAUUCCCAGUCAAGCUGUAAGUCCUUUCCACCCUGAUGUCAGCCAAAACGGAAAAAACUUCUCUGCCCUAGUGGUUACUAUGGUGCUCGGAGAGUCUUUGUGUGCAAUAAAAACAACAUGAUGAGCACAGAAAGAGGACACAAACGAUUCUGGCUCUAAGAAGAUACAUCUGUCUCUAUUUGUGGAUUUCUUAAUUUUUUUCACUAAUUCAGGUGCACUGGCUCACAUUUCAUCACAUUAGCAGCCUCCCCUCCCCUUGCCACUCAUCCCGAGCAGCUGAGAAGGUUGCUUUGGAGAUGAUAGUGGUGACAUAGCAGCAGGAAUGGGGAGUACUCCAUGUUCUGGUAAGGGGAGGGGGGUCGGGGGCUUUCAGGAGUUGGGUUGUAUGCCAUGGAAGGUCAGCAAGCAAAAAGGAGAAGCCUUAGGUGGACGUGGGUCCGAGCUGGAGGACAGGCCGAAUGCUGGAAUGCCCCCCACCUCGUUGCAACCUCCUGCAAUUUAUCAUGAAAAGCAGCAUCGGGAGUUGUGUGCUCUGCAUGCGCUAAACAAUGUCUUCCAGGAUGGAGCGGCGUUCAGUCGUGAUGCACUUCAGGACAUCUACCAGAGGCUCUCUCCUAGCACUUUGGUCACACCCCACAAGAAAAACAUGCUGGGUAAUGGCAACUAUGACGUGAAUGUCAUCAUGGCUGCAUUGCAGACUCGUGGAUUUGAGGCAGUUUGGUGGGACAAGAGAAGGGACGUCGGUAGCAUUGCACUACCAAACGUCACUGGUUUCAUCUUGAAUGUGCCAUCCAAUUUGCGCUGGGGCCCAUUGCGUCUGCCCCUCAAGCGGCAGCACUGGAUUGGUGUGCGAGAAGUGGCAGGAGUUUACUAUAACCUAGACUCUAAACUGCGCAGCCCUCAUGCCAUUGGAACAGCUGAUGAACUGAGGAAGUUCUUGCGUCACCAGCUUCGAGGGAAGAACUGUGAACUCCUGUUGGUCGUCUCAGAGGAGGUGGAAGUGCAUCAGACAUGGAAGUCUGAUAACUGAUGAAUGUUUUGGACCUUUUUUUUUUAGUUUUUGUUAAUUUUUUGGAGGUUUCUCAAGUCCAUGCUCAGGAGGGAAAUAUGAGGUUCAAUCAGGGACCCAUUUAAGGAGCAAAUAGAGUUGCACUCAAACCAGUCAUGAAAGCACACUGCUCAGACUUUGUUUACACACACACACCACUGGACUCUCGCUAUGGAGACUGAAGAAACACAGGACACACACAGGGAUACAAAAAGACAACUAAACACUACGCUGAGGAACUAGUUUGGUAUUUGGGAUUCUGAUGCAUUUUUUAUACAUUGAUUAUUUCUUUUACUUUAUACUGUGUUCUGACUUGAAAGCGAGAGGUUCUGGAAUUGUUCGUGAUGUGUUCUCCUUGUGCAUCACUCCUCAUCCUCACUUCUCUCUUUCUACGUGAUUUCCUGUGCAUCCAUGUGAUUGUUCAAAAUGUCUGCCACCAAAAACAAAAGGUAUUUGUCCCACCAACUGGGUUUGUUUAACAGGGCUGCAUAUGUACUUAUUUAGUGCAUGUACUUGAA